AUGAUGCGCACCCUCGCGCACCACGUUCACCUCCUCAUCACGACCAUGAGCGAGGCCAGACAACCGAUCCUGGUCGCCACGGCCAAGUCGUCCCUCGAGUUCCUCGCCGCGGAGGUCGGCAAGAAUGCGCGAUACAUUUGUCGCACCAUCUGCGGCAUGAUCACAUGGGCAGCGGUGCUCUUGUUAAGGCUUGACCGAGAAGAAAGCAUGGCCCUCAUUCGCGAUGUGGCCCUCUCCAUGGCGCCAUGCGGUGAUGGCCGCUUCGACUUGACAUAUGCGCACUUUUACGGCUCGUUCCUCCUUGGGCUGUGCCAGGAUGGCGUUGGACCGAGCACGAGCCCCGAAUCGGCCCUCAACCCUGCCAUGUCGGUCGGCAGCGCUCUUCCCGAACACAUUGCCACGCCACUAGAAUCCAUCGCCAACCCCACAAUGUCCCUCGUCUCUCCUCUCCUGCAACAGCCUUCGAGCUCGACGUCGACCCAGAUCGCUCUCCCGCAGCUCGGCGGCGGUGUGACUGACCAACAACAACAACAACAACACCCCUCAGACCCAAUCAACCUCUUCCUCGGCCUCGACACUGGGUUUGACUUUGCCCUCCCCUGGGAGGGCCAGCAGGGUAUCGUGGGCACCGAACACGAGGCAGUGGCCGUCUCCCCGCCGCUCGAGUGGCUGUUCAACGACUCGGUGGCGAGCGGCGUGGGCCUGAGCGACGGCACCGUCGGCCAGAUGUGGGCGUAUGGGCUCGGGUGGCCCAAUGGCGGUCCCUCGGGCCAGGGGAUGUGA